AUGGGGGCUUUGAAGGUUCACGGUCCCACAUUUACCACAAGCACCAUGAGAGUUGUGGCUUGCCUCUGCGAGAAAGGCCUCCAGUUUGAGCUCCUCCCCGUCGACAUGAGAACAUACCAACACAGGUCCCAACCUUUUCUCUCUCUCAGUCCAUUUGGUAAACUCCCAGCCUUCGAAGACGGAGAUCUGAAGCUCUUUGAAUCAAGGGCAAUUACAAAGUACAUCGCACACGAGUACAACGAGGAUGGGACCCAGCUGGUGUGUGACGACCCCAAAAAGAUGGCCAUUAUAAGAGUGUGGAUGGAGGUGGAGGCUCACCACUUCGACCCGGCAGCGGGCGAGCUCACAUUUGAGCUAGUCGUUAAGCCUAUUUUAGGCUUGGCUAUCGACUCAGUUGUGGUGGAGAAGAAUGAGUCGAAGCUAGCUAAAGUACUGGACGUGUACGAGGCUCGGCUGGCUCAGUCCAAGUACUUGGGUGGAGAACGUUUCACCUUGGCUGAUCUGCACCACCUCCCAUGCAUUGAAUUCUUAAUGGGGACACAUGUGAAGGAACUAUUCAAGUCACGCCCCCACGUGAACGCAUGGUGUGCCGAUAUCACGGCUCGCCCCUCUUGGUCAAAGGCCCUCGCAUUGCGCAAGAGAUGGACCCUAGAGGGAAGAAUGAAGAGGUUGAAGGAAGAGAUGACUCGGAAGGGUAUAGUUCGUCAGGUUAAGGCAGAGAUGAAGCGGGAUCCUAGAGAGCAGAAUUGCCCAUCUGUAGAUGAGGGUUGUAGCAUCAAGGAGUUCAUUAGAUUGAACCCUCCAACUUUUGAGAGAGGACUUGAUUCAGUGGCUACAGAGAACUGGGUUCAAGAAAUUGGGGAGAAAAUGGAAAUACUUGGCUGCAUGGACGAGUAG